CCAUUUUCGAGUUACCGUAUUCCGGCAGGAUUCUAACAUUUAGUUUGUACGUAAGUCACGUGAUUUUUAUUAAAAUGCGGGGCGCAUCACUUCCGGUGAAAUUGUUGACAUUGGAAACAUCGUCUGCAUUGAAAUGCCUCGCUACUACUGUGUAGCUGAAGGCUGUUCAUCAGAUUCUCGUAAAAAGGGAAGAUAUGGCUUCAUGGCCGAUGUGGAAUUCUUUGCGUUUCCCACCUCAAAACAACCCAAACUCCGCAAGAAAUGGCUGGAGUUAGUUAGACGCCAUGAGUUUGACCCCUCUCGCCACGAUAAAAUUUGCUCGAAACAUUUUGUAGAAGGCAGACCUACUGAAGCCCACCCGUAUCCUGAACUGUAUCUAUAUAUUAACUAUAAACGCCCACAAGAGACCCGUGGAACUUCUUCCAUUGAGAAAAGAUCCACAUGUACUACGAGUGAAGCCACGCCCACAAAAUACGAGUCUACACCAAGGCCUAAAACAACGGGGUUUCUCGUACAUGAUGAAAAUGAACGAAAACAACCUUUCCCAUUCCCAGUGGAGAGAGAAAUAACUGUUCAAUCCUUAAUGACAGCAGAACAAAUAGCAGCCCCCCAUGAUCAUGAUUACUGUUCAGUUGGCAAUGAAGUGGUCCAUUCCUCUGAUGUACAAUGUCAGACAGACUUGACCCUGCAUGACCUAGAGAAAUCUGAGGCUGAACUGUUGCAACUUCGAGACACCUUCAAGAACAAAGAUGAUCUGAGGCGGUACAUGACAGUCGACAAGAUGACAAACAGUGAUAGCUCCGUUAUGAGUUAUUUUGGACUGCCAUCUGUUCUGACUCUAUUUGGAAUCUUCGCCAUACUUGACAAAAUAACACCGACACUUGCAUAUUGGAAGGGUGGAUCAGCCAUUCCUAAUACAGAAGCCAAGAAUCCUUCCAAAAAGUCUGGCCCAAAUAGGAAGCUGACUCGUUUUCACGAAUUCCUUGUGACUCUAUUAAGACUUCGUCUAGCUUUACCUACAUUUGUAAUUGCAGAUAGCUUUGGUAUUUCUUGCACAAGGGUAUCACAAAUUUUUGUCACAUGGAUUAGUUACAUGAAUACUGUAUUUUCACCACUGUUGAAAAGACCAAGUUCCAAGUGUUUGAAAAAAUUUAUGCCAAAAUGUUUUAAAUCAGUUUUUCCAAAAACAGCUAGCAUAAUUGAUUGUACUGAGUUUUUCAUUGAAAGGCCAUCUACACCUACUGCACAGAUAAGAACAUUUAGUUCAUAUAAACAGAAAAACACAUUCAAAGCUUUAGUUGCUGUGACACCCUCUGGAGCUUUUAUGUUCGUUUCUAAUCUUUGGGGAGGAAAUGUGUCAGAUAGGUACAUAACAGAACACAGUGGAUUUUUAGAUUUAGUAAAGCCUGGUGAUGAAGUGAUGGCCGACAGAGGGUUUUUGAUCAGAGACUUGUUGUUAGAGAGAAGGGCUACAUUGAAUAUACCACCAUUUACCAAAAAGUGUUCAUGGGGAAAAGGUAAACAUCUAACUGCUCACGAUAUUUUGAAAACAAAAAAAAUUGCAAAGCUUCGGAUUCAUGUAGAAAGGGCAAUAGGCAGAUUGAAGAAUUACAAAAUUUUAUCUCAUACUAUUCCAUUAAAAAUCAAACCAUUAUGCAAUCAAAUUCUGAGAGUGUGUGCAUUUUGAAGCAAUUGUCAAAAACCUUUAGUGAAGUAAGAUGCAUGAACUAUGAAGACAAAGUGUUUUAUAUAUUUAUAUUUGCAACUGGUUUCUCUUACAAAACUAUUAAUAUUCAACCACUAGUAUUAACUCAGUCACAUGAGUAAAUGUACUAUAGAUCAUGAUAUUUUGUUGAUACAU